UUCUGAGGCUGCUGCCAGUAGUUAAAGUCUCCAACAAAGCUCUGUACGUGCACACACAACUAUCCAGAUUAAAUUGUGUUCAUAUUCAUUCAGAAAAAUAACUUUUGUUUGUGAUUGUAUUGCUGAUUCCUCUUCAGGCUUAGUGGCUGUAACCUGUCAGAGAGAAGCUGUGAAGCUCUGUCCUCAGUUCUCAGCUCCCAGUCCUCUAGUCUGAGAGAGCUGGACCUGAGUAACAACGAGCUGCAGGAUUCAGGAGUGAAGCAGCUGUCAGCUGGACUGAAGAGUCCUCACUGCAGACUGGAAACUCUCAGGCUGAGUGGCUGUGACCUGUCAGAGAGAAGCUGUGAAGCUCUGUCCUCAGUUCUCAGCUCCCAGUCCUCUAGUCUGAGAGAGCUGGACCUAAGUAACAACGACCUGCAGGAUUCAGGAAUGAAGCAGCUGUCGGCUGGACUGAAGAGUCCUCACUGCAGACUGGAAACUCUCAGGACGGACCAUGGUGGACUGCAGUGGUUGAGACCUGGUCUGAGGAAGUAUGUCUGUGAACUUGAACUGGACACAAACACAGUACACAGAAUACUCAAACUGUCUGACAACAACAGGAAGGUGACAUAUGUGAAGGAGGAUCAGUCAUAUCCUGAUCAUCCAGACAGAUUUGACUCCUGUCCUCAGCUGCUGUGUAGAAAUGGUCUGACUGGUCGCUGUUACUGGGAGGUCGAGAGGAGAGGAGAGGUUGAUAUAUCAGUGAGUUACAGAGGAAUCAAAAGGAGAGGAGGCAGUACGGACUGUAGGUUUGGAUGGAAUGAUCAUUCCUGGAGUCUGAUUUGCUCUGAUUAUGAUGGUUACUCAGUCAGGCACAAUAACAGAGAGACAGUUCUCACUUUCUCCUCUGUCUCUAACAGAGUAGCAGUGUAUGUGGACUGUCCUGCUGGCACUCUGUCCUUCUACACAGUCUCCUCUGACUCACUGAUCCACCUCCACACCUUCAACACCACAUUCACUCAACCUCUUUAUCCCGGGUUUAUGGUAUGGUCUUGUUCCUCAGUGUCUCUGUGUCCUCUGCAGGACUGAGAGUCUCUCCUGUGGACAGAAACACUGACUAAAGAUCAGCUGCUGAAAUCAAAGUUCAGUCUGUUCACCAUCACACACACUCUGCACUGUGAAGCAGAUCUGUCUCAGACUCAAACACUAAACAUUCAUUUGUCUGAUUUCAUCUCUUUGAUUAUCAACAUUUAAACUGUUUAACUAGAAACACUUUAUGAUUCCUGUCAUUAGCUGACUAUCUUUACCUGAGGAUACACUGUAUAAAGCUGAGUGAAUGUGAUGUUACUUUAAGUUUUUGGUAAAUCUGUGUCCAUGUAUACGAGCUGUACCGAGAGCUUCUCUGAUAUCAGAUUUGUGUUGUAAUAAACCUAUAUAUUCAAGUAAGAACUGAGGCUCUGAGGCUAAGACUAAAAUAUUAAACUUAAAGUCUGAAACUGAGCUCUGAAAGAAACUCCUCCGAAUGUCAAACAAGAGUCUUUCAGGAUCCAAUUCAGCAUCUGUGAAAAACUAAUUACAGGUUGUAAAGAGUUGGUUUGAUUUGAUCUGUAUACAGAUCCGUUUCUGUAUACAAACUAAAUCUUUUGUUUUCUACUCGACUGUUUUCUUCUUACAGAUUUAUUAUUUGUUAUGGCACUCCAUAGCCAUCGUUCUUAUUCACAUUUAUGAAUUACUUUUUAGUUGUACUUCCCUUUGUUUUAUGUUACUUAGUUUUUAAUAUGUAUUAUCAUGUAUGUUUUUAUGUAAAGCACAUUAUGAUUCUAUCUGUGAAAAGUGUUCUUUAAAUAAAGCUGUGCUGAAUUAAUCAGAAAGCAGCAACGAUUCAU